GCCCUGGCAGCCACCACAAGAUGGCGCCGCGGCGCGGUCCCGCCCCCGGCCGCCCCCGGGCCGCCGGGCGGGCUGGCAGAGGGCGGCCGCGGGGAUGGCGGCGGCGCGGGGCCGGGUGCUGUGCCUCUUCGACGUGGACGGGACCCUGACGCCGGCCCGGCAGAAAAUCGAGCCCGAGGUGGACCGGUUCCUGCAGGAGCUGCGCGGCAGGGUGCAGAUCGGCGUGGUGGGCGGCUCCGACUACUCCAAGAUCGCCGAGCAGCUGGGCGAGGGGGAUGAAGUCGUCAGUAAGUUUGACUACGUCUUUGCAGAGAAUGGCACCGUGCAGUACAAGAAUGGGCAGCUGGUCUCCAAGCAGGCCAUUCAGGACCACCUGGGAGAGGAGCUGCUGCAGGAUCUCAUCAACUUCUGUCUCAACUACAUGGCGCUGCUGAAACUGCCCAAGAAACGAGGAACCUUCAUUGAGUUUCGCAACGGGAUGCUGAACAUCUCCCCCAUCGGACGGAGCUGCACGCCGGAGGAGCGAAUCGAGUUCUCCGAGCUGGACAAGAAGGAGCGGAUCCGGGAGAAGUUUGUGGCAGCCUUGCAGAGGGAGUUUGCUGGCAAGGGCCUGCGUUUCUCUCGAGGAGGCAUGAUCAGCUUUGACGUCUUCCCGGAAGGCUGGGACAAGCGCUACUGCCUCAACGUGCUCGACGACGAGAGGUUUGACACCAUCCACUUCUUCGGGAACGAGACGACCCCGGGAGGGAACGAUUAUGAAAUCUAUGACGAUCCCCGGACAGUGGGGCACAGCGUCCAGUCCCCCCAGGACACGGUCCAGCGGUGCCGCGAGAUCUUCUUCCCAGAGAGAGCUAAUGAGUACUGACUGUGAGGGCACAGCAGCCCUCUCCCCCUCUUUCUCCCCCCACGAGGAAAAGCACCUUCAUUUGAGGAAUCUGCUCAGGGUUAGACUGAAAAACACUUUCCGGAGCUGGUCAGGGGUUAGCUAACGUGUGAGUGCGGGUGGGCGUGCAGGAGGGGGCCUCUGUUGAUCAGCCCUUCGGCACGCCCCGCUCAUGGCUGAGGUUUGUGGGACCUGGCAGUCCGUCCGCCAGCAAAACUCUCUUGCCAGCCUGGGCCUCGGCGGGCAGCAGUACCUGCCCGCGGGACCUGAACGCGUUGGAAGGGGCCAUUCAUAGCCGCGUGUGCAUGUGUGUGUGUUGUUUGUGUCCAUCUGUCCGUCCUUCCCCUUCCUCCUUUCUUCUCUUUUUCGCUCUGUUUCUCUUCACGCUUCUGCACAAG